GCUGCAGCACGCGGGAGGCGGGGUCGGCUGCUCCUCCGCCCCUCAGCCCGCCCACCCGCGGUCCCGCAGCGUCGCGCGGCGGACGCUCCCUCGGCGUCCCGGCCCUCCCGGGUUUCGGCGAGACCCCACGCGAGAGCUGCCUGCGCGAGGAUCGCCUCCGUCCAGUCCGCGCCGGGCCUCGGGCAGCGCGAGCAGCACCGGCAGCGCGCUCAAGGAGCAGGCGCGGCGGCGCACCGCCUUACCGCCGUCACCGGGAUCUCCGCGCCGCUACCUCCUCUUCCGUCGCCCUCCCCCCACCCCUCCACCUCCUUCCCCCGCCCCCUCUGCGGCGAAGAGGAGAGGGCCCCCGGCCGCCUCCCUCUCUCCCCGCCCCUGGGGCUGCACGUCAAUGGGCCGGCAGCCCAGGCCUCGGCGGAGCAGCCUGCGGACCGCGUCCGGCCCGGAGGGUGAAGGGGCGGCCGAGUCCUGCUUCGGCGCACGCCGAUUGCUGAUGCUCCCGCGGCAGUUGCCACCACAGCAGCGGCUCCAGGAGCGCUCUCUCUCUCUCUCUUCGAUUUCUCUCUCUCUCUCUGUCUCUUUUUUUUUUUUAAGUUCUGAGCUCGCAGUACUUGGGCUGCGCCGGCGAGAUCUCGCGAGAUGCGGCAGGGCCGCUUCACCUCAGGCGUGUGGUACCCGAGGCGGUGCUAGAGCUGCCGGCCGCCCCCCGCUCCCGUGGGUGAUGCCGGGGGCUUUCCCGUCGGGCCUGCAGGUGCUUCCGGAGUGGCCGCCGAGGGGCGCCCCGAGGCGAGGUCCGCUCGCUGCUCCGGCCCGCCGCGACUGCCGGCCCUCACCCCAGGCCAGAGCCUUAGGGGGAGGCAGGAUUUCCUCUGUGCAGCUUUUGAGGCGGUCGACUCCCCGCCUGGCCGCGUUAGAUUUGCAUAACCAGAAACUCAUUCCAGUGGAGAUGCAGUGGGUGUGUCCACGCUUCGAUGACACCUUUAUUUUAAAAGCUGUGAUGUUUGAAGGGUAUGGGAAUGACUGCUCUGUGCAGUUUUGAAGGAUAUAAUAUUCAAGGACCUUGCCUACCCCAGCCAAUUGUGAGCACAUUAACAAAUGUACCAUCUGGCUCUCCCAAGAGUUUUGACUUUUGAAUGAUGCAAAGUCAGAAAAUAAGUCCAGUUGCUAGGACUAUUAGCUGCUCAUGCCUCAGUGCCUCCCUCUGGAGAGAACUGCCUUGCCUGGGAGCAGUCCAAAGUCCAAGGCCGGACUAGCUGAAGGGACAGUACUAAGGCCACCAUUCUAUUUGGGACUCUAAUGAGCACCCUGUAGGACUGGCUGAGACUUCAGCUGCAUCCUCACUGUGCGUCUGCUUCUCCCUCUGCCCAGUCCUGCUUUCCUCAUUUGAUUGAGGGUGUAUCUCCUGAGAGCACUUCCCAGCCAACCUUCUCUUUGCCAUCUUCCAUUUCUGCCUGCUUCCAGAGACCUGCCCAUUCAUUCCAGUGGCAGCAUUCAGGGAAAACUGCAUAGUAGUUCAUGCUGCCAAAACCCUCCUAAACUACUUCUGUUGUCCUUUCUAAAUCUGGUCCUUCCUUUUAGACUUCCCAUAAUUUACACAUAAUUCACUUUACAUUAACCAUGGUUGGUUCCUAUGACUUGCAACCAAGAAUCAUUAUUUAUACAACGUUCUUUGCCAUUUUACUGAUGUGUUUUACUAAUCGAUUUUAAGAACUUUUUAUGUAUCACGUGCAUAAGCCUUAAACUAAAUUGAUUCUCUUUUAUUUUUCAGUUGCAUUAUAAUUUUGUUCAUGUAGUGUUGACAUUCAUUUAUUUUAAAAAUGUAUUGCCGUUAAGUAUCUCAACCAUUUUCUCUGUGAUUUUGCCUUUGAUGUAAUGUUUAGACAGGUCUUUGCCAUCAUGGGCUCAUGUACAUAAAAUUAAUAUGUUUA